GUUUCAACUCUCGCGUGAUUACCUCUAGCUUGCCGGUGAGUUGAAGACAGCGACCGUCGGGAACAACAUUUCUGCUAACGGCUCCCUUCUAUUUUUGCUAUUUUUUUAAAGUCGAGAUGUGAUCGACAUUGCAUUGGCAAAACUAAAUUUAUAUUUAUUCACCUGUGUUUAGAUAGUAUAAAUAUAUUUUACUUGUGCCACGCCGUCUUAUAAUGCUCUCGAACACCGAAAAAGAGUUGAUUGUACAGAUAUGGGACAAAAUGAUUCCAGUGGCAGAAGAUAUUGGAUCUGAGGCUCUUUUAAGGAUGUUCACAACGUUCCCCAAAACAAAGACAUACUUCUCUCAUCUAGAUAUCAGCCCCCGUUCAGCGCAUUUGCUCUGCCACGGGAAGAAAAUCGUCCAGGCUUUAGCUGAAGGUGCGAGGAACAUAAGCACGCUUACUACAACGUUGGCCCCGCUUAGCAGGUUCCAUGCCUAUCAACUGCGAAUACAUCCUACAAACUUCAAGCUUUUCAAUCAUUGCAUCCUUGUGACGUUAGCCUGCCAUAUGGGCGAAAACUUCACACCAGUUGCACACGCGGCGAUAGACAAGUUUCUUUCGGCAUUCUCAGCGGUUUUAGCCGAGAAGUUCCGAUGAAGACCCUCCGAAGGAGCAUGGGAUGGUUCUGAUAAUUCUGUCUUUAAUAAAUCAAUAA